AUGGAAUUAAUGCCUAAAUUGCAAGAAAUUCAAAAAGAGUUGCAAUAUUAUACUAGAUUCUUCCAAGAAAACAAACUCUAUCAUUCUAGCAAAUGGACAGGAGAGUUAUUAUUAGGAUUGACACAAGAAGAAGAUUUAUAAUAAUCAUAAUUUGCAAUGCAUUUUAUCCAAAGCAAUACAGAUUACAAUUAUCAAUUCAUAAGAGAAUUUGUUCCUGAAUACAAUGAUAUCAUUUUAGUAGCUAGAAAUCUAUUUGAUUUAAGAGAGUUCAAGAAAUGUGCAUCAUUAUUAUAAAAUCUAAUCCAUAAAAAUGAAUCAGCAAUGUUCCUCUAUUAUUAUUCAUAAUACAUGUAUGGAGAGUUGAGAAAGGAAGAGGAGAUAUUUGAGAAUGAGAACUCAAAAACAGCCACGAAUCCAGAGCUUAAAUUAUUGGAAAGAGAAUUAUCAAAAUUGUACAAUCAAAAGUAAUUAAAUUAAUUAAAUCUCUAUCUCUAUGGAUUGAUUUUAAAAGAUACAAUGAGACUAAGAGAAGCGAGAGAAGUAUUCAUCUAGGUUUUACAUCAAAUGCCUUGUUUUUGGAGUGUUUGGUUGGAGUUGUGUAAAUUGCUAACAGAAGAAGAUACUUUGGAGGAAUUACCAAAUCAUUGGAUGAAAUUAUUUUGGAGUUCUAAUUUUAAUUUGGAGAAGUUUAAGAAUGCCAAUUGUGUUGAAUAAUUCUAGACAUUACUAUAUUACUUUAGGAAUUCUAAUUUUAUCAUAAAUCAAAUUGCUAAUGCCUAUUAUAACAACUAAGAAUUUGAAUUAUCACUGGAGUGGUUUGAAAGAUUGCUGAGUAUUGAUCCUUACAGAUUUGAGAGUUUGGAUACAUAUUCAAAUAUUUUGUAUAUAAAGGAAAAUUAAGGGGAACUAGCAAACUUAGCAUUAUAAUCAUUUACCAAUAAUAAGUAUGUACCAGAAACUUGCUGUGUAGUUGGAAAUUAUUAUUCUCUUAUGAAUGAACAUGCAAAAGCGAUAAACUAUUUCCAAAGGGCUCUAAAACUAGAUAAGGAUUGUUUGGCAGCUUGGACUCUGAUGGGUCAUGAGUAUUUAGAAAUGAAGAAUGUGGCAUCUGCGAUACAGUCCUAUAGAAAUGCUGUAGAAAUAGAUCCAAAGGACUUUAGAGCUUGGUAUGGUUUGGGAUAGACCUAUGCAUUACAAGGGAUGAAUCAAUAUGCUCUGUAUUACUUUAGUAGGGCAGUUAUCAGCAGGCCGAAAGAUGCGAGAAUGUGGAAUGCAAUGGCAGAGUGUUACGAUAAGAUGGAUAAGAAAAAUGAAUCGAUGAAAUGUUAUGAAAGGGCAAACCAAUGUAAAGAUAAAGAAGGAAUUGCUAUCCAUUAGUUGGCGAAACUGUAUGAUGCAGUGGGUAAAACUGAUAAGGCGUUGUCUGCAUUUGAGGAGAGUUUGAAGAGAAAAGAUGAGGAGUAAAUAGUGGACAAGGAAUUAUCGGAGUCAUUACUAUAUUUGGCAAGGGCGUUUUUGAGAAGGGGAGAGAAUGAAAGGGCGAUGCAGAUGGCGAAAAGGCUUUAUGAUUUCAAUGGGCCGGAGAGAGACGAAGCCAAUUUAAUAAUGAGUUAAUUAAAUAAGUGA